CGCCCCGCGCCUCCAGCCCAGCACUCGGAGCGGCUUUCGCUGCCACUGUCUGCUCCCUCGGGCCGCCGCCUGCUCCAAGCUGGGGCUUCUGUCCGCUGGGCCGCUCGUCCCGAGGCAGGAAGACGAGUUCGAGGAGGAUGCCUGGGCCCGUCGCUCGCGGCCCCGGGUGAAGCAGGCCCGCGCCGGCCGGCGCCAUGGAAAGGAGCGGGAACCAAAGUUGCCCCCCGCCGGCAUGCGCGCCCAUUGAGCCCCGCCGCAGGCAGCCCCCGGCCGCAGGUCCCCAAGUGACGCUGGCGGCACCUGGGAGCGUGGCGCGGCCCCGGGGCCACGCCGAGGAGCCCAGCGUCCAGUAAAGCUGCCGAGGACCUGCCGCUUGCGCCGCAGCCAUGGUGAUGUCCCAGGGCACCUACACGUUCCUCACGUGCUUCGCCGGCUUCUGGCUCAUCUGGGGUCUCAUCGUCCUGCUCUGCUGCUUCUGCAGCUUCCUGCGCCGCCGCCUCAAACGGCGCCAGGAGGAGCGACUGAGGGAGCAGAACCUGCGUGCUCUGGAGCUGGAGCCCCUCGAGCUUGAGGGCAGCCUGGCUGGAAGUCCUCCGGGCCUGGCGCCGCCACCACCACCGCACCGCAGCCGUCUGGAGGCGCCUGUGCACGCGCACUCGCACGUGCACGUACACCCGCUGCUGCACCACGGGCCCGCGCAGCCGCACGCGCACCCGCACCCACACCAUCACGCACUGCCGCACCCACCGCCACCGCACCUCUCCGUGCCGCCUCGGCCCUGGAGCUACCCGCGCCAAGCGGAAUCGGACAUGUCUAAGCCGCCGUGCUACGAGGAGGCGGUGCUGAUGGCCGAACCGCCGCCGCCCUACAGCGAGGUGCUCACGGACACUCGCGGCCUCUACCGCAAGAUCGUCACGCCCUUUCUGAGCCGCCGCGACAGCGCGGAGAAGCAGGAGCAGCCGCCUCCCAGUUACAAGCCUCUAUUCCUGGACCGGGGCUAUACUUCGGCGCUGCAUCUUCCCAGCGCCCCGCGGCCCGCCGCCCCCUGCCCCACCCUCUGUCUGCAGGCUGACCGCAGCCGCCGGGUCUUCCCCAGCUGGACCGACUCAGAGCUCAGCAGCCGCGAGCCCCUGGAGCACGGAGCUUGGCGCCUGCCAGUCUCCAUCCCCUUGUUCGGGAGGACUACAGCCGUAUAGAGGGGCGCCCGGCGUCCCGGGCCCCACGGGCGAACUCCUAGCCUGACUGCGGGGCUUUUUAAAUGCUUCCCUUGGACUGCAGGGACGGGUGGGGGGAGGGUGGGAUUUCUUACCCCGUUUGUUACAUUUUGAGGAUAAUAAAGGUGUGUGAUCUGCUUUGGUACAA